UGAAUGGCAUCAAGUUGUUUAAGAAUGAGUCAUAUAGAAAGCAGCAUGUUGGUUUAACCAAGGGACCCAUCUGGAUGGUUAAUAGCUCCUUGGUUCCAUUUGUUAAUACUGGAUGAUUUCCACCAUUGAUGUCCAGUGAACAGUUUUCUCCAUGACGUACUAUCAUGGCCCAGAACAUGAAAUACAUUCUAUCAUGUUUAUGUUUGUAUAUUGUCCAGAUUUCUUCACCUCUGUGAAAUUUGGCAGAAGUCAAAGACAUGGCAUGGUAGGCCUUAUGCCACUUGAACAUCAGUUUCACAAAGUGCGUUCAGGGACUGGCACAGGUAAAAACCUAAAACUGAACAGUGCAUGGCACCGUUUUUUCAUCAAUGCUUUUUUAAAGAAAGAAUUGUAAAGGCAAUAAAAAUGUAGUAAAAUUGUGGGGAAAGGCCAAAAGCCAGAAUUUACAUGUUCAGAUGCUUUGUUUUGCUCAAGCAACACGCUAAAACCCAAAGAUAUUCUGUUUAAAAUCAUGUGACAUCAAAUUUGAAAACAUGAAGCCAGAACAUGUUAAGGGCUUUUGUUUUAACCAGUUUUCUCUCGAUCAAGAACAAUAUUUGUUUUUUUAUUUUACCAAAAGCCUGUCACGUCGCCCUCUACACAGCAAAAUGUUACAUGUUGAUGCAUAUUAAGUAAGCACUCCCAACUUUGGUCAGAAAAUAGAAAUAUGGACAACGCAGCUGUGUUUUUACAUGCAUUGAAGAGUCCUGAAGAGCUGCAGAGGAGACGUGUUCUCUCUCAAACUUAAGCCAUAUUUCUUCUCGACAGCUUUUUGGACUGUUCACUCAGAGCAGUGAUUUCCGAGCCUCUCUCCUUAACCCGAGCCGCUGAAGUUUUCUGAUAGUAUAUUCCAGCUCUGGCUGAUGGUAACCACAGAUGAACGCCUGGACGCGUGCUCUGGCGCUGAUGUGAAUGCGCGGAGCCACCUUAAAGAAAGCAGCCAUCUGAUGUCAGCGUCAGAGACGCAGUCUCCGCCGCCGGUACAGCGCUGCGCUGCUCCGCCGCUUCAAAUCUCCAUCUGCGCUGCCGCUCUCCUCACUUUCUUCAGCACAUCUCUCGCCUACAUUCACGGGAGCAGCUUAUUUCAUCAGACUGCGCUGUGUUUGUCCUACCUGAGCCAGAAUCGCCUUGGGGAGUGCAAGGUCCCCCACCAGCGUGAGGAGAUCACUGCUGCCACUGUUAGUGCACAUCCAAGCCUCCCCCGCCCUUCCUCCCCUUCCGCGAGCGCAGGGCAGCCACAGAAGCAUUGGUUCGGUUCCAGCGAGGCUCUGGUCCUGCAGCCACGUCAAUCACGUCUUCACCGCUGGCUGCGGGGCGGCCCUCGUGGCCGGGAUGCCACUGUGUGCCAUGCCAGUCCACAGUGGACAGUGAGGGGCAGGAGGAGAGGACUGAGUGCAGGAGACUGAGAGGAGGUGGUUCACACCAAACAGGAGAGAUGAACCUCUGUUGGAAUGAGAUCAAGCGCAAGUCCCACAACAUCCGGGUGCGGCUAGAGGCCUUCUCCGACAACAGCGGGAAGCUGCAGCUCUCUCUGCAGGAGAUCAUAGAAUGGCUGACAGCCAAGGACGAAGAGCUGUCAGAGCAGCUGCCCAUAGGGGGCGAUGUGGAGGCUGUCCAGCACCAGAGGGAGUUUCACCAGGCAUUCGUGGAGGAUGUCAAAUCUCGUGGGCCAUUCAUCUACUCAGUCUUGGAGUCUGCCCAGGCCUUUCUGGCUCAGCACCCCUUCCAGGAGCCAGAGGAGACCCUCACUGAAGGAAAAGAGGUGUCUCCACGGCGGCGUAUCUUGAAUGUGAGCCGCUCGGUGUGGAAACAGGCGAACGUGGCCAGUGACCUGUGGGAAAAACUGACGGCACGCUGCGUGGACCGACACAGACACAUGGAGAGGACGUUGGAGCGUCUACUGCAGAUCCAGGCAGCGAUGGAGGAGCUGACGGUGGCCCUGGAGCAGGCAGAGGGGGUGAGAGAUGCCUGGGAGCCUGUCGGAGACCUCUUCAUCGACUCUCUGCAGGACCACAUAGAUGCUACCAAGUUAUUUAAGGAGGAGCUGACCCAAGUAAAGGAGGGCAUGAAGCACAUCAAUGAUCUGGCUCACCAGCUGGCGAUCUCCGAUGUCCAUUUAUCGAUGGAGAAUGCUCGCACCCUGGAGCAUCUCAACAGCAGAUGGAAAGUGCUUCAGGGGUCCAUAGAGGAGCGGCUGAAGCAGCUCCAGGAUGCGCAUAGAGACUUUGGCCCCGGAUCACAGCACUUCCUUUCCAGUUCAGUUCAGAUUCCGUGGGAGCGUGCCAUCUCGCCGAACAAAGUGCCCUACUACAUUAACCAUCAGGCCCAGACAACGUGCUGGGACCAUCCAAAGAUGACAGAGCUGUUCCAAGCGUUGGCGGAUCUGAACAACAUCAAGUUUUCAGCGUACAGAACAGCCAUGAAGCUGCGGGGAGUUCAGAAGGCUCUGAGAUUGGAUUUAGUAGCACUCAGCAGCCUUGUGGAGGUGUUUCGGGAGCAGGACCUACAGCAGGGGGAGCAUGUGAUGGAUGUGGUGGAGGUGAUUCAUGGUCUGACGUCUUUGUACGAGAGGCUGGAGGAGGAACGGUCCAUCCUGGUCAACAUUCCACUUUGUGUUGACAUGUGUCUCAACUGGCUACUCAAUGUUUACGACAGUGCUCGAAAUGGCAAGAUGCGAGUUCUCAGCUUCAAGUUGGGACUGGUGAGCUUGUGCAAUGCAGAUGUCCAAGAGAAGUACAAAUACUUAUUCCGUCAGGUUUCUGGCCCUGGAGGUUUGACAGACCAGCGUCACCUCAGCCUGCUGCUCCAUGAAGCCAUUCAGAUCCCCCGCCAGCUCGGUGAAGUCGCUGCUUUUGGAGGCAGCAAUGUGGAGCCGAGUGUACGUAGCUGUUUCCGAAUGGCUCCAGGAAAGCCUGCCAUUGAGGUGUCUCACUUCCUGGAGUGGAUGAGCCUUGAGCCGCAGUCGAUGGUUUGGCUGCCUGUCCUUCACCGUGUGGCUGCUGCAGAGGCGACCAAGCACCAGGCCAAAUGUUACAUCUGCAAGCAGUGUCCCAUCAAAGGCUUCAGGUAUCGAAGUCUGAAGCAGUUCAAUGUGGACAUCUGCCAGACAUGUUUUCUAACUGGCAGAACUACCAAGGGAAAGAAGCUGCACUACCCCAUCAUGGAGUACUACACCCCAGUAAGACGAAACAUUACCACAACCUCGGGAGAGAAGAUGAGGGACUUUGCCAAGACUCUGAAGAAUAAGUUCAGGUCAAAGCAGUACUUCACCAAGCACCCUCAGAGAGGUUACCUGCCGGUCCAAUCUGUUCUGGAAGUAGAGAGCUCUGGGACGCCGUGCUCCUCACCUAAACUGCCCCAUGCAGACACACACAGCCGGAUUGAACAUUAUGCCAGCAGACUCGCAGAAAUGGAGAGCCAAAAUUGUUCAUUCUUCACAGAUAGCCUGUCUCCUGAUGAAAGUCUGGAUGAAGAUCAGUACCUCCUGCGUCACUCCAGCCCAGCCCUGGACCAUGACUCACCCUGUGGACAGCACAUACUGCUGGCUCACCUGGAGCACCAGGACAAGGAACAGCUCCAGCGCACCCUGACUCGCCUCGAGAAUGAGAACAGGGUGCUGCAGGGAGAGUACAGGAGGCUCAAGUGGAAGCAUGAAGAGGCAGUGUCAGUUCCCAUGCUGACUGAGGCCGGAGAGGGUGGCCUGGGUUCACCUACAGCAGGAGGGCAGCAGGAUGAAGAGCUCCUGGCUGAGGCACGGGUCCUCCGACAACACAAGACGCGCCUGGAGACCCGCAUGCAGAUCCUGGAGGACCACAACAAACAGCUGGAGUCCCAGCUGCGCAGGCUCAGGGAGCUACUGCUACAGCCCAAAGAUGAUUCGGAGGCCAACGGAUCAGAACCAUCAACCCUGUCUUCUCCUGUGUCUGGAGGGUGUCACCACGGGGAGCCGGCCAGCAGAGAGACCACCGACACUGAAGCAGCAGGAGAUGACACGGAGCACGAGCAGGACACGGUGCUGCAGCUCCAGGAGGUCAUCGAGCAGCUGAGAAACGUCUUCCCUUCAGAACCGGGCACCACCUCACACAUCUAACUCUGAGUGGGCCUAGAGGAGCAGAGUGAAAGCCUGAUGGCAGAGGGAGGAGCUCCGUGCAGCUGAGGUCAGGCCAUAGCGCACCGGGCCGUGUGACCACUGCAGCAGCUAUGAUACCCAGAGCUAACACUCCACUGGAACUUUGUGCACUAAAAGCCUUUUUCAUGCAGACUGCUGAAGGCUGACGCUGAUGUCCGUUUGGCCAGGCUGAGCUUGAUAACUUCAGUAGCACAGCCUGACACGAGUUAACGAGCCAAAGGAAACUAAUGUUGGCAACAGGUCAGGGAGAGACUGAAGUAAAGGAAAAUGCCCAGACAAGACACUGUGUUUACCAGUAUCUGUGUAGUUGUUCAGAGGUGUGAAGCUUUAUAUCAGGCCAUAGCACAAAUUGGACCUUCCAUGAAAAUAACUUUGAAAAUAAUGCAAGUAGGAAUAAGAACAAUAUCCCCUUGUUUUGUCAGAAUGGCUGUACCUUCAGUGUGGUUUUUCUCCCUGAAUGCUGUUAUUAUUGUUGUCUUUUGAAGGGAAGGUGAAGAGUUAAAGCAUGCUAGUGUAAACUAGAUCAGGGCUGGGCUGACAUUUACAUGUGGCUGGGUGGUGCAGAUUUUGAGGGAGUUGACAGCACCCACGACGAGCUUAUUUACUUUGUGAGAAUGACACAUCAUCAGUUAAAGCCAUCAUUUAUUUAAGACAGCCAAAGUGCCCACUAGCACAGCACACUCACUGUGUUCUGCUAUUCCUCCCAAACUGCUUGUCGCUCUCAUUGCUUGCCUCUUCUAAGUGAGCCCUUCACCCUCGUACAGAAGCGUUUGCGCUCACUAUACACAUUCACAUACACACACGUAUGCUGCUACAUCCAUACUCCCUGUUUAUAAUGCUCUCUCCAUUGUGCACAAAUACACAAAUGUCUCCCUACGUGAUCAAUAAUAUGUGCUGUGCUACACUACUAAAAAUAGACUUUAAUAAAAAUGGAGAUUCAUUUCAUCUCUUUGGUUCACAGGAUUCAGACAAACUAGUUUGAGUCAGUUUGUAUUGAGACCGAAAUUGGGUUUUGCUGAGGAAAUGUCGGCCGAUAAAUAUCAGCAUGCAGGCAGCCGCGCUGGUGAUCCCCUGCUAUAUGUAAAGAAAUUGAAGGAAGGAGCUUGAACAGUCCUACACAGACUUGAUGCUUAAAAAGCCCUGCUCUCCCCGUUGAAAAGAACAGUGGUUAUUGACUGUGUGCUCCACUUCCCUUGCUAAUGCUUAAUUGCUUUUAGAUUUAUAAAGGGACGAGCGGUUGAAUCUUACCAGGGGUGUAGGGUGUGUUCUGUUCUAAACAUAGUCAGUUAAUGCCUUAAAACCAAACCAAAACCAUGUUAAAUGAGUAUGAGUUUUUGUUUUUUAUUUUCAGGGAAGAUGGUUUCAUCAGGAGUGUUUGUGUAUCAGUGUCCGAUGGUUAAUUAACAGGAAGAAUGGAGCAGUGUGGAUGAUGGCGCGUGAGCACCGGUACGUUGAGGGAUGGAGGAUAUGAGAAACAAGAAAGAUGGGGGGAGAACUGAGUGGCUGGUGGGAGAGAUCUACUUUGAUGUGCCUGUCACAGCGAAAUCCCCAGAAAAAGGACAAGAAGUUGCCUGAAACAAGUAAGCUGUGACUGUUUCUCAGCAAUCAUUCCACCUCAUUCGCACAGACAGGACAGAUACGGUUCAAAAUUCAACAGCACUCUGACCUCAUAUAUUAGCUUGAAAUUAAUGGGCUGAAUUCAUUACAGGUACCCCCUCCUCCAGGCACAUAAUGCUCCCAUUUAACACCCAUCCUCCUCAGCACUCGGUGCCUGUUAGUUUUGAUACUGUUGCUAGGGAACUGUCCCCAAGGACACAGUUCCACAGGUUUGUGAGUUGGAAAGGUGAUGUGCUGUUCAUAAUACAAAUGCUAAUAGCCUUAAAGGAAGCAAGAGCAUGAGCCUUGUUUCCCCAAACACAGCUCUCCUCUUCUUCACUUCCACCUCUACUCCAGCCUGCCAGAUUAGCCUCUGAAGAUAGUUCAGUUGUUGAUUCCAUCUCCGCGCCAACAUUGGUUAAGAAUUUUCUGUUAAAACUCCCAAAUCAGAACAAAGAGGAGCAGCUCAGCUCGUAGGAGGAAAAAAAAUGCCAUGACAAGAUGUGUUUAUUCAUAGAUGUUUAUUUAUUGGAAUUCACACAGCUCAUUACACACUGAUCACCCAGUGCCCUGACACUCUUAUCUCUUAUUAUAUAGCUUUUUUUUUAUGUGGGUACACAAAAUGAUGUAACAUUGACAGUGUGUGGAGAAACCAGAAGAGGCUCUUACCCAUAGGGCUGCAUGUCAGAAUUUGUUGUGUUUACUUUUAGAGGAGGCAAAUUGAAAUAAAUACACUCUAUGGAUAAAUGACAGAGUUAAAAUAUUAUACAGACUCUGUCCCCACAUUUAAUUCUGCUGCUGUUUUGAGUGUCUAAAUCGACCGAUGGUCGUCCAUAUACAAAUUUCUAGGGAUACAACGGUUCUCCAAAUCCACAGUUUGGUUCAUUUUUCAACCACUGUUCAUUUAAUAUCUUGCCUUUUUGUUUUGUUUUGAGAUUAGGAUCUUGUAGUUAUGACUUAGUGCCUCAUAAUUUUGAGAUCUUUUUCUUGUAAUUAUAAGAUAAUGCAGAUGUUGGAAUGCUGCAGAAGCUGCCUGAAAAUCAUCAGGUUUUAACAAAUUCUUCUUAUCAAAGUACUUCAGCAAUAGUUGUCAGUACAUCCAAAGUGUUAACAACUAAUUUGGCAUACUUAGUUUUCCAAAACAAGAUGUUGGGUAAAAAUGGCCUGAAAGUUGCUGCCUACAGUGCAGCUCAGUACAUGUACUAACAUUUCCUCAGUAUUGAUAUAAUUCUGUCAGUACAUACAAUAGCACUUAGCAAAAAUGAACUGUUAAUAGUUCAUUUGGUAUACUUAGUGUUCCAAAAUGUAAAAAAAAAAGAAAAGAAGAAAGGCUGAAAACUGCACCCAAGCUGCAGCCCACAGGGCAUCUAGGGCAACAUUAUAGCUGGUACAUGCCUGGGUAGCCUACCUCUGGCUUCUUGCAUAGCUUGAAGUAACUUAGCCUGUUACAAGAUCCUGAUCUCUGUAUCUCGUAAUUAUGAUAAAGCAUUAAAUCUUAAACGUUAAUACUUAUCACUUGUGCAAACACAUAUAAACAUUGACAAAAACAGAAAAUAGGCUACAGGCAAUAUAAAGUUGCCUUGGAUAUGUGUUACAAUGUGGGUGCCAUUUUUAGCCUAGGUUAUAUUUUAAGUGCACUAAAUUAGCUAUUAGCAGUUUUUUUUCUAGAUGUGCUGUCAGAAUUAUGUAAUCAGCCUACUGAAGAAAUCUUAAAAACCCAACGUUCCUCAAGCUGGUUCUGAAGAUUAGUACAUGUAUAUAGUGAGUUACACUGUAGGCAGCAACUUUGAAGCCUGUUUGUCAUGUUUUAUGUUUCAGAACACCAAGUGUGGCGAAUUAGCUAUUGACAGUUCACUUCUGGAUGUACUAUCAUCGAAUUAAUACUAAAGAAUUCAUUAAAACCUGAUGAUUUUCAGCCAAGUUCUGCAUUAUCUCAUAAUUAUGAGCAAAAGAUUCCACAGUUAUGAAAUCCUGAUCUUGUAAUUAUGAGAAAGAUCCUCCAAUUCUUUUUUUCCAUGGUGAAUGCAAUGCGCUUCCAGAAUUUGGACCACUAAAGACCAGAAUAGUGAACAAGUUUUUGGUUUUGUCUUCUGUAUCACAAUUUUUGUAUUGUAUCCUGGUUUUUGGUUCAGAAUCGUUACAUCCCUCUAAAUUUCUGUACUUUUACUGCCUCCCUGUAUUUCCAACAUACACACUAAUAUACAACUUGCACCCUGUGGUGUGAUUGAAGAAAAGCUCUCCACAAGGAAAGAGUCUCACCCGGAGGACAGUGCUAUCGUUCUCCAUACUUUUGUUACUGCAUGUAGUCGCCCAACACGCUGACAGCCCCUGUCAUUACUCACUAUUAAUAUACCUCAUUAAUCUUUCAAGUGUUUAUUGUUUAAUGGUUUUGAUUUCACACUGAUGUUCACAUUGAGCACUGAAACACCUCUUGCUGUCUUUUCUCUGUAGUUUAUAAUCUGUAUAAAGAGUUUUCUGAAGAAAGGUGUUUUUACUGUAAUAACAAGUAGGUUACUGGCUGCUUUCUACUCUUUGUGUACAGAAAUAAAAACUUUGUACUUGCCAAACUCCCUGUCUUGCCGUGAGAUUAUGCACUGCAGUUAUCCCUCAGAGAACCGAAUAAUGAAAAUGAACUCGGAGUGGUGCCAAAUGUUCGCUGUUUAUAUUAAUUUUUCUUCUAGUGUUUAUAUUUGGAUUUGUAUGUGGCAGAAUCAAUAUUUCCUGUUGAGACGUUUUACUUUCUGCUUCCAUGUUGCUUUUCUUUCUCAGUGUAAAGUCUGAGUCUCUCCACACUGCACAAGGCAGUUUCUACCCAUUGGUCUAUUCAGAUUGAGUGCCACCGGUUCCUGUCUUAUCAUUUGUUGCUUUGUCCCCUUGGCUUGUUCUGCUAGGGCCUGGUGCAGCAUUCGAUUGGCAUUUGACCUUCUUUCUGCUCUUAUCACAUGCUGAUCUCUUGCUCACUACAUUAUCUUUGCCUGUGCUGGUUGGUGUGGGAUCACUAUCUUCCCUUGUUGUUUGAUUAUCUGGUGCCCCCUGGCCAUCCCCAUGAACAUGAACCACAACAGCCUCUAAAUUUUCAUUAUCUAAGCCAUCUUCCCUCGUUCUCCCACUCUCUAGCGCUUUAUUGCUCUGCUUUCACAUCUGGAUUUUUCUCUGUUUCUGCAUUAUUCACUACUUCUGUCUCAUCAGGCGUGGAUUUCUCAGAGUUUUUCUUCCCUUCAAGCUCACCUCCCUCUGUCUUCUUACCUGCUUCAGCUUUUUCUUUUGUGCCUUUCUGUGCAAAUUUGAUGUUCUUCUGUCUUGCUGCGCUCUUGGUCUUGCUUCCGCCAGGCCCCCACUUCUCCUCCAUCGUGUCCCAGUAAGUCUUAUUCUGGCGGGUGUGCAUGGCACGGAUACUCUCACCCAGCUUUUUCAGUUCCUGGUGGACGAAGGGCUUGAAAUUCGGGUCCAACCUUUCCACCAUAUCAAAGUCCCUCCGAGCUUCAUCCUCGUUGCACAAAGCGGCGUGUGCUCGUGCCCGCUGGUACACUGCCUUAAAGUUAC